AUGGCUGCCAAGGUAGAGGUGAGGCUCGGCGGGCACCCAGCGGCGCUGGCAGGGGCCCAGGAGCAUGUCCAGGCCGUCACCAGGAAUUACGUCACCAACCCCAGGCUGACAUACCGGACGGUGUGCGGGGUCAACGGGCCGCUGGUGGUGCUGGACAACGUGAAGUUCGCCCAGUACGCCGAGAUUGUCAACUUCACCCUCCCCAAUGGCACCAACAGGAGCGGGCAGGUCCUGGAAGUGGUGGGCUCUAAAGCUAUCGUGCAGGUGUUUGAAGGAACAUCUGGGAUCGAUGCCAAGAAGACAUCCUGCGAGUUUACCGGGGACAUCCUCCGGACACCUGUUUCCGAGGACAUGCUAGGUCGGGUUUUUAACGGUUCUGCAAAACCCAUCGACAAAGGCCCAGCUGUUAUGGCCGAGGAUUUUCUCGAUAUUAACGGUCAGCCUAUCAACCCUCAUGGUCGCAUAUACCCUGAGGAGAUGAUCCAGACUGGCAUCUCGCCCAUCGACGUCAUGAACAGCAUCGCCAGGGGGCAGAAGAUCCCCAUCUUCUCUGCUGCCGGACUCCCUCACAACGAGAUCGCCGCUCAGAUCUGUAGACAGGCCGGCCUGGUGAAAAAGUCCAAGGAUGUGAUGGACUAUCAUGAAGAGAACUUCGCCAUCGUCUUCGCAGCCAUGGGGGUGAACAUGGAAACCGCCCGCUUCUUCAAGUCGGACUUCGAGGAGAACGGCUCCAUGGAGAACGUGUGUCUCUUCCUGAACCUCGCCAACGACCCCACGAUCGAGCGCAUCAUCACCCCGCGCCUGGCGCUGACCACCGCCGAGUUCCUGGCCUACCAGUGCGAGAAGCAUGUCCUGGUGAUCCUGACUGACAUGAGCUCCUACGCCGAGGCCCUGCGGGAGGUGUCGGCAGCCAGGGAGGAGGUGCCAGGCCGCAGGGGCUUCCCUGGCUACAUGUACACCGACCUGGCCACCAUCUACGAGCGCGCCGGGCGCGUGGAGGGGAGGAACGGCUCUAUCACGCAGAUCCCCAUUCUAACCAUGCCCAACGACGACAUCACCCACCCCAUCCCCGACUUGACGGGCUUCAUCACGGAAGGGCAGGUGUACGUGGACAGACAGCUCCAUAACAGACAGAUCUACCCCCCCAUAAAUGUGCUGCCCUCCCUGUCCCGCCUGAUGAAGUCGGCUAUCGGGGAGGGGAUGACCCGGAAGGACCAUGGUGACGUUUCCAACCAGCUGUACGCCUGCUACGCCAUAGGCAAGGACGUGCAGGCCAUGAAGGCCGUGGUCGGGGAGGAGGCACUGUCGGCCGACGACCUGCUGUACCUGGAGUUCCUGCAGAAGUUUGAGAAGCAGUUCAUCGCCCAGGGCCCCUACGACAACAGAACCAUCUUCGAAUCGCUGGACAUCGGCUGGCAGCUGCUCCGCAUCUUCCCGAAGGAGCUGCUAAAGCGGAUCCCCGAGAGCAUCCUGGCCGAGUACUACCCGCGGGAGGCCAAAGCGCCAGGCCUGCAGCACCACGACACCGCCCUGUAA